AUGUCUGAACAAGAGCGAAUACAGGAAUGCCUGAGGAAAGAAAUAAGGUCUCUUCUCAUUUCCACCAAAGAUGGUUUGACCUCACAACAGCUGGAAAAAGAGUACCUUUCAAUGGUUGGCAAUCAUCUACCUCUUCGAAUCCUUGGCUAUAGGUCUACCAUGGAACUGGUUUUGGACAUGCCUGAUGUUGUUAGUGUCUGCCCCUGUGGGGAUGGCACUGUUAUACUGAAAGCUAUUCCAGAUGAAUCCACCAAAGGAAUAGCAAGUUUAGUUGCAAAGCAGAGGAGCAGCCAUAAAGUUCGAAACUGUCUGGCAAAGGGAAGGACCAGUGUUGGCCCUGGGCCAAGCUCUCGUGGAAGAGUUCCCUACCGGGGAAGGGUACCUCCUAUUCUUCCAGCUGUGGUGAAGAGUGAGUUGAAAGAUCUCUUGGCAUUGUCUCCAGUUCUUCUUUCUGAUUUUGAAAAGGCUUUUGCCAAGCGAUUUGGACGAUCAUUCCAGUAUGUUCAGUAUGGAUUCCUCUCUAUGUUUGAAGUACUGACUGCAGCUUCAGAUGUCAUUUCUGUAGAGCAGACCAGGGCAGGUUCUUUACUGACACUAAAAAAGAGCACCUCAGAGCAAAAGCAGAGAGGAUGGCCAGCAGGUAAAAUUUUUACCCAGUCAUUUAGAGUGAAACCAGGGUCAUUCUCUGCAGGCUCCUCCAUGUCAAGGAUGCACUUCUCACAAGCCACUUCAAACGUGGAAUCGCCAAAGCAAAUAGUGAGCAUGGAAAAAGCAUCAAGUUCAAAUGCAGUAGAGACUUCAGAGCUGAAUUAUACUGAAAAAUUGAAUCAGUUGGAGAACACAUUCAAAUCAGUUAUUGCCCAACUUGGACCUGGAGGGACUAUAGAUCCAGAGAUAAAACAAAAAUUAAAAUUUUUUAAAGAGCAACUUUCACCAAAAAAAAUGGGCUUCUUAAAUGUGACAGAACUUGUUGGAGCUCUUAGUGACAUUCUCCGUGUUGAGUUCAGGGAAGGAGAACAAGAUCUAGUAGUGUUUGAUGCUGAUAUGAAAUGUCUACCACCUGUUCAGCCAGAUAAGAAAAUAGAAGCCAAAGCCAACCCCCCUAGAAAUUCACUGUCUACUGGUGAUGUCAAGGAGACGACUUGGAAUAGUCCUUCGAAAAGUCAUAAAGAGCCAGGAAAGAAGAUUUACAAGAAGCCUAAUCUUGUGGUAAAGCCUUUACAACUGCAAGUAGGAAUAAAUACACCACAGCUCAACCUGGAAAUGGCAAAUCAUGAUAUCCCACCAGAUGCUGUACGGGACAAGAAAUUAUGCAGACUUCCACCACUAGAUACCAGCACCCUCAUAGGAGUCUUUGUGGAGUAUAUCAUCUCUCCCAGUCAAUUCUAUAUCCGAAUCUAUAGCAGGGAUUCAUCAGAGUUACUCGAAGAUAUGAUGAUUGAAAUGAGGCGCUGUUAUUCUAAUCAGCUGGUUUCUGAUCGAUAUGUCAUGCCAGAAUAUUUCAUCCAACCAGGACAUCUCUGUUGUGUGAGGAUUUCUGAGGAUAAGUGGUGGUAUCGGGUCAUUAUCCAUCAAGUUCUUGGGAAGCAGGAAGUUGAAGUGUUUUAUCCAGACUUUGGGAAUAUUGGAACUGUCCAGAAGUCCUCCCUGAGAUUUCUUAAAUGCUGCUACACAAAGCUUCCAGCACAGGCUAUCCCUUGUUCUUUGGCUUGGGUGAGACCUGUAGAGGAACAUUGGACAUCCAGAGCUGUUUUGCAGUUCCAGAAGUUGUGUGGUUUGAAACCAUUAGUCGGGGUAGUAGAUGAAUACAUAGAUGGAAUCCUUAACAUUUUUCUGUGUGAUACAUCCUCAAAUGAAGAUGUCUACUUCCAUCAUGUCUUGAGAACAGAAGGCCAUGCAAUUGUAUGCCGAGAAAAUGUCCCUUCUAAGGGUUUCAGAGAGCUCAACCCUUUAGCUUUGUACACUAAAUCCAAUCCAGGGCUAGAGGAUGUUGUCUCAGCAGAAGUGGGUUAUCCUUCCCAGCAGAACUAUUUUGAUGAAGACCGUGAGAUAAGUCCACAAUCAAAAGAGAGUGAACCACAUACACUG